AUGAGCGCGGCGGGGCCGGGGGCGGCGGCGGCGGCGCCGCUCUCCCGCAAACAGCGGCUGAUGGCCGCGCUGGCGGCCGGCGAGGGCGGCGCGGCGGCGGCUGCGGGCGGCCCCGGGGCUCCGCAACCCCCGUCGGCGCCGCUCUGCUGCUUCAUCUGCGGCGGCGGCAUCAGCCGCGGCAAAGAGCUGAAGCUCCAAGUGAGGCCCCCCCGCGACCACCGGCCCUUCUUUCCGUUCCUCCAGCACCAAGAGCCGGCGCCCGGAGCCCGCGCCGUCUCGGCGGAGGGUUGCGCUUUGGUCUGCGCCGUCUGCCGCUGUUUCCUGGGAGAGCAGUGGGACUCCUUCGAGCGCAGCCGCACGCCCGUGGAGAAGCGCAUGUAUUGGCUCAAGCGGCCCCACCAGUGCGAGGCGGCGGCGGCGUGCUGCUCGUCGGACAGCGAGAUCAACAUCACCAGCGAGGAGGAGGAAGGCGAGGAGGAGGAGGAAGGCGGCGAGCGGCCCGCUUGGGUGCCGGGCACCGCCUGCUACAUCUGCGGCAGCUCUUUGGCGCCCGGCGGGCAGCACCGCGUCCACGUGCAGAAGCAGGAGAAGAGCUCGCCGGCUCCUUUUUUCCCAUUCCUUUGGCUGCACAGCCCCCCGCCGGGCGCCCAGCCCCUUUCUCCCACCGGCAGCACCCUGGUGUGCCCCUGCUGCUUCUCCUCGCUCAUGCAGCAGUGGCAGAGCUUCGAGCUGGCCAACGUGCCCGUGCUGCAGCGGCUCUACGUGGUGCCCCUCAACGCCAACGCCAUGCCCAAGGGCCGUCCAAGGGGACUCAAAGAGGAUGGAACCGGUGUCCCUCCGGUGCCCGAGGCGUGUUAUCUGUGCGGGGAGGAGUGUGGCAAAGAGGCGAGGCCGGUGGCGGCCAAAAUCACCAACGGGAACGCCAAGAGCACCAUGCACUUCCCCUUCCUCAGCCUCCUGCCUUGCCCGCCUGGAGCCAAGGGGCUGAACAAGCACUGGGAGGUGAGCAGCUGUCGCAAGUGCUAUGGGGUCCUGCAGGACCUGUGGGCCAUGUACCGCGCGUGCCACAACGAGGAGCUCAUCAACUCAGUGCAGAGCUUCCUGGGGAGGUACCACCAGGUGUUCUCUGCCUCGGAGCCAGGUCACCCCAUCGGCAAACCAGGAGGUCCCACCUCGGUGUGCUACAUCUGCGGGGCUGAACUGGGAGCCGGCAGGGAGUUCCAGCUCAACGUCAACCCGCCGGGGAGAUUUGGAGAGAAGGAACCGUUCUUUCCCUUCCUCACCGUCUACCCGCCAGCCCCACGGGCACGGCCGGCCGACUCGACGGGGCUGGUGGCCACGUGUGUGCUGUGCUACCACGACCUGCUGGGCCAGUGGCUGCAGCACGAGGGCAGGAACUCCCAGCACCCCAGCAGCGCCUGGUCCCGCCAGUAUAAAGUGGAGACCUUCGUCUGCUUCUUCUGCCGCCAGGAGAAGAAGCGAUGCCUUGGAUUAAAAGCGGUGCAGGUCGCCAGGCUGCCUGUCUUCCUCUACACCCUCCGCGUGGCCAACAGCCUGCUGGUGGAUGAUGGCAAGCAGCUGACCAUCGGCGCGUGUGCAGAGUGCGGGGCCGUGGUCCUGGCUGGCAAAAGCGUGGCCCCCCCGGAGCUGCUGGCCGUGCCACCCCCGGCUAUCGUCCCCAAGGUAAGGCAUCCCCGGUCCCCUUUGCCCCCCCAUGCUGUGACAGUGCUGGCAGCCAGCAGGUGACGUAGAUGGAUGCUCUCCUUUUGGGUUCGGUCCCGUUGGGGCA